CUUCCCAUGUUUGGCGGAAGUAAACAACCGCCGCAAAAUCCCCCAACCUAAAACCCUAACUUCUGCCUGCAGAGGAAGAGCGACGGAGAUCCAAAUUCCGAGCACGAUGCUGCAGAGUCACGGUUAUAAUUCGAGAGAAUUACGCCGUCAAAGUCUCCAACAUGGCGUCGUCUUCUCACGGAGUAAGCCUUCUUCUCCCCCACAUUUUCCUUUCAGAGCUAGGGUUUUUCUGCGGUUUAAUUUUCUUGACCAUAAUGGCGCCGGAAAUCAGCGCUGCACUGCCCCCUCAGUUUCCCCUUCCGGGCACGGUUCAAGUGGAUUGAGAGUGUCUCUUGGGUUUAAGCUACAAUGUCACUCUAAAAAUUUGGUUUCUCCUUAUAAAAUUUCUUCAAACAGAGGUAAAAAGAAUAAAUAUGGUGGUGCUUUGCCUUCAAUUCUUACGUCAUUGGAGUCAGGUGAUGAUUUAGAGAAAACCCUUACGUCAGUUUGUGAGAAUUUGAGUCCAAAAGAGCAGACUGUGAUACUCAAAGAACAGAGAAGUUGGGAGAGAGUGAUUAGGGUCUUUGAGUUUUUCAAAUCACAGAAAGAGUAUGUUCCUAAUGUAAUUCACUAUAAUGUUGUGCUUCGAGCUCUGGGUAGGGCUCAAAGAUGGGAUCAGUUAAGGCUUUUCUGGAUUGAAAUGGCAAAAAAUGGUGUUUUGCCCACGAAUAAUACUUAUGGAAUGCUUGUUGAUGUUUAUGGGAAGGCCGGGCUGGUGAAAGAGGCACUUUUAUGGAUUAAGCAUAUGAAACUCAGAGGGCUAUUCCCUGAUGAGGUUACAAUGAACACGGUUGUUAGGGUUUUGAAAGAUGCUGGGGAGUUUGAUAGGGCAGAUAGGUUUUAUAAGGAUUGGUGCAUUGGAAGGGUGGACUUAGAUGAUCUUGAUUUGGAUUCCAUGACUGAUUUGGAAAAUGGGUCUAGUUCAGCACCAGUUAGUUUUAAGCAAUUUCUGUCAACUGAGCUUUUAAGGACUGGUGGGAGAAUUCCGGUUUCGACAAAUUUAGGUCUACUUGAUAGAGAGAGUUCUACUCAAAAGCCACGAUUAACAUCUACAUAUAAUACUUUGAUUGAUUUGUAUGGGAAGGCUGGGCGUCUGAAGGAUGCAGCUGCUGUUUUUGCGGAAAUGUUACAAUCUGGGGUGGCAAUGGAUGCUAUUACCUUUAACACUAUGAUAUUUACUUGUGGAAGUCAUGGGAACUUGUCAGAGGCAGAAGCAUUGCUUGGCAAGAUGGAAGAAAGAGGAAUAUCUCCGGAUACAAAGACUUAUAACAUCCUUCUGUCUCUGUAUGCCAAUGUAGGAAAUAUUGAGUCAGCCCUGAUGUACUAUAGGAAGAUCAGCAAGGAAGGCCUUUCCCCUGACACUGUAAGCCACAGAGCUGUUCUUCAUAUAUUGUGUCAAAGGAAUAUGGUUCAAGAAGUUGAAGCUGUUAUUGAAGAAAUGGAGAAAUUUGGUAUAUGCAUUGAUGAACUCUCUCUCCCUGUUCUUAUGAAGAUGUAUGUUGAUGAAGGAAUGCUUGACCGGGCUAAGACUCUUUUUGACAAUUUUCAUGUUGAUAGUGAGCUUUCAUCCAAGACUCGUGCAGCAGUUAUUGAUGCUUAUGCUGAAAAGGGACUAUGGGUAGAAGCUGAGGCUGUGUUCUAUCGCAAUAGAGACCUGCAAGGAUGGAAGAAAGAUGUGGUGGAGUAUAAUGUCAUGGUCAAAGUGUAUGGUAAAGCAAAAGUUUAUGAUAAAGCUUUCUCUCUCUACAAGAGCAUGAGACAUCAUGGAACUUGGCCAGAUGAGUGUACAUAUAACUCUCUCAUUCAAAUGCUCUGUGGAGGUGAUUUGGUAGAUCAGGCAAUGGAACUCUUAAGUGAAAUGCAAGCAGCAGGAUUCAAACCACAGUGUCUAACCUUCUCCUCUCUUAUUGCAUGUUAUUCUCGUCUUGGGAAACUUAGUGAUGCAGUUGAUAUUUACCAAGAAAUGACCAGAGCAGGUGUGAAGCCUAAUGAAGUUGUUUAUGGCUCUUUAAUCAAUGGGUUUGCAGAAACUGGCCAAGCUGAAGAAGCUUUUCAAUAUUUUUGCUUGAUGCAAGAAUGUGGCCUGUCAGCCAACAAGAUUGUGCUAACUUCCCUGAUUAAGGCUUAUAGUAAGGUUGGGUGCUUGGACAGUGCAAAACGUGUGUACGAGAAGAUGCAGGAUUUGGAAGGUGGUCCAGAUAUCAUUGCAUCAAAUAGUAUGAUUAGUGUUUAUGCAGAUUUUGGGAAGGUAUCUGAAGCCAAAAUUCUUUUUGAUUAUUUGAGAGAAAAGGGCCUUGCAGAUGUUAUUUCACAUGCAACUAUGAUGCAUGUCUAUCAAAGCAAUGGUAUGCUGGAUGAAGCAAUUAAUAUUGCUGAAGAGAUGAGACUGUCUGGUUUCUUAAAGGACUGUGCUUCAUACAAUUCAGCAAUGGCGUGCUAUGCCUGGAAUGGCCAGUUGCAUGCUUGUGGUGAAUUGUUGCAUGAGAUGAUUACUCAAAAGCUUUUGCCAGACAUUGAGACUUUUAAAGUCCUAUUUACUGUAUUGAAAAAGGGAGGCUUUCCAAUUGAGGCUGUAACUCAGCUAGAAUCAUCAUAUGAUCUAGGAAAACCUUAUGCUAGACAGGCCAUUUUCACCUGUAUUUUCUCUUUAGUAGGUUUGCACACUUUUGCACUUGAGUCAUGCGAGGUCUUCACAAAAGUAGAAGUACCUCUGAACUGUUUUGCAUACAAUGCCGCAAUAUAUGCUUAUAGCUCAACAGGGCAGAUUGACAAGGCUCUGAACAUGCUUAUGAAAAUGCAAGACCAAGGCCUGGAACCAGACCUGGUCACCUUUAUUGGUCUUGCAGGUUGUUAUGGAAAAGCUGGCAUGAUUGAAGGUGUAAGGCGGAUACAUAGCAAAUUAAAGUAUAGGGAGAUUGAGCCCAGUAAAUCUUUGUACCAGGCUGUUAUAGAUGCCUAUAAUAAUGCCAACAGAAAAGACCUGGCUGAAUUGGCCUACCAGCAGAUGAAACUUGCUCUUGAAGAAGAAAAACAUCCUGAGACCAGGUUUGGGGAUGAUGAUACCUACGAAUCAGAAGAAUGUUGGGAGUCAUUGGCUGAAGAUGAGGGAAGUGAAAGUCAUGUAGACCCAUAGAAUCCACUUGUAUGUUUUUAUACGGAGUCUCUAUAGGGCUUAUAGUUUACACUGUACAAUUAUAAAGGCUUUUCUUAGUGGGUAAAUACUAUUGUGAAAACAAAACAUGAGAAUGUUUCUUAACACUCAAAAAUACAUGUUCUUUUGAGGU